CAAAUGUCUAAAUUAUUUUGACAGUUGUAGUAGUAAAUAUUUGUUAAAGGUAAAAUAAACAGUGCUGUUCUUUUAUUCUUGUGAUCAGGAGUUAAAACUCCUGUUCUUUCCGUAAUUUACAUCAGCCAAGUGAACAACUAGUUACAAUGCCUGUGUACUAUGAUUGGACUUCUGCAAAAAAAGGUAGUCGUAGUAAGCAUGUAUCUCCUAGUUUUGAGGUGUCUAGCUACCCUUUAAAACCAACAGUCAUAUCUAGGAAAGAACAGUCAACUACCAGUAUUAUUGAUCACAUUAACAAAUGGAGUUCUGGUUUUGAGGAGGUUGAUCCACUAUUGAGAUUUGAGCAAAUGACUUUAGAAGAGGACUUAAAUCCCUUAGAAACAGAAACUACUGAGGGUGUCAAUUAUUCUAAGGCCUGGGUAACUAGGCGAGCAAGUAUCCUCAAUAAAUACACCACUGGGGAGAAGUUGACUAUAGUAAGCAGUUAUCUCCCAGGUGGAGAAAAAGUUAGUACCUUUUCAGCACUUAUUAGGCAGGUGUCUAAUUUAAAUGAAAAAGUGAAACAUAGGUUAGAGCAGUUGGACGAUUUUGAUGAAAGCUCUGUGAGGAAAACCAUGGGUCUAAGUCAACAGGAAUUUGUCACAAAGAUAAACAUGCUCAAUGAUGAAAUUAAAAAGGCCUGGGAGACCGAGCAGAGAGUAAAGGCUUUUAAAAUAGGAAUCCAGUGCUCAAAACUGCUGUCUGAUAUUAGUGUAAUGCAGUUCUAUCCAAGCAAGUUUAUAUUAAUUACUGAUACACUAGACACAUUCGGUAAUUUAGUCUUCAAUCGUCUCAAAGAUAAAAGUUUUGGAAACAAUACCCUUGUCAAUGUGCACAAUAUCGAUCCGAGGACGGUGCCAGAGUCGGCCAAAGAGACAUGCCAGAACUGGAUGUACAAAAUGGCGUCGAUCAGAGAGCUAUUACCGCGCUUGUACAUGGAGAUGGCUUUGUUAAAAUGCUACGUGUUUAUUUCUAAGGAUGAGAUCAAACCGGCCAUAGCGAGGCUCACAACUAUGAUUAGAGGGAUUGGGAAUCCUUUGGUAGCUGCCUAUUUAAGAGUGUAUUUAUGUCACAAUGCUUCUAAACUAUUAAGUAAAGGCAGUGAAGAAUAUUUUUACAGUAAUUUGACAGAGUCUCUGGAAGAGUAUCAGCAGAUAUUCUUGCCCGCAAUGAAAAAGAAAUAUGAAUCACAAUUACUCACUCAAGACAAGUAUUUAAAUCUUUAUGUACCAGCCCUUGACUGGUUAUUAUUUGGUGCACUUAACUCUAAUAAAUGUAAAAGCGAUCUUUUAGAUGAAUAUUUACAGCGUUGUGAACACAUAGAAAACAGCGAGUUAUUCCUGAGCUGUCUCGUAUCUGCUUUUGACUCACCAACUGUUAUUAAGAGAGCACCCAAAAUAUUGGAAAUGGUUCAAAGUAAUGCUGAUAAAAUGGUGCUGAUGAAUGAAGUCUUGACGUCACUGGGUGAGCACUUGUGCAAAACUGAGAACUACCGCCAGGUGGCGUCGGAAUCGUUGAUACAGACGUGGUGGAAAAUAGCGAGCGGCAUGAAAUCAACCAACCAUUUCUUACAAGUCCUGGAAUCGUGGUUACAGUUUGCUUGUACUAAUUUAUCGACUCAACAUGUCAAUGUAAUACUGCGUGGUACAAUUCGGUACAUGGUCAAAUGCGGUAAGCCCGCAGAUGAGUUCUCUGGGAACUUCCAGUUUGUCGUCAAGCGGAUGCUGAAAUCCAUUCCUGAUGUAGAAGAACUGUUUCUAAUGGAUGCAUUUAUGCCUUUGUUGGAGUUAGUACAGACGUCUAGUGCUCGAACCAUGAUGGCUAAAACAGUGCUCUCCAUAUUCUUUACGAGAUACAACUCCGUGCACAUCGAGGACCACAUCGUCAUCUCAAGUUUGAUGAGGCUUUGCACCAUUCUGCACGACUCUAUCAAUGCUGUGACAGUUGAAGAUGAGAGUAAAAUAUGCGGGGAAUUGAUAAACAAGUUCAUACAGGCUGUUACCUACCAAGACAACCUCGAGAGGCAAUUGAACUUCUACGUCGAGUGUCGAUCUUCUUUCAUUAAACUUGACACAGUGCUCAUUACGUUGGUGCAUGCUGUAAAUGGCCUGUCCGCUCGCGCCAGCCCGGCCCGCGGCAAGUGGCUGCAGCGCGCGUGCGCGGCGUACUGCUUCGUCACCGUCCCGUCCCUGCACUGCACCCUCACCAAGACACAGCUGUACCUGCUGUCAGGACAAGUCGCGCUCCUCAAUAACUGUAUUGGACAAGCUGAAGCUAACUUCAAGGCUCUAAUCGGCUUGAUCCCUGAUAUACCGGAUUAUAUAUUAGAAGACGGACAGAAGAAGCCAACCCACGUCAAAGUCGGAGGGAUUUUGUCUGAUUUCUUGUCUACAUUACUAUUAUUACCAGAUAACGUAGACAGCAACUGUAAAGCGUACAUUUUGAGUGGGUUUAUCAAAACGAUGGAGAGGAUACAUUGGAAGAAGACAGAGCCGCUGUACUACAGCACACUGCUGCGCACGCUCGACCUCCUCUGUGAAAUGACGCAAGAACAUUAUGCUCACCAAAUUGAGUCUGUGCUAUCAAAUGACAAACUGUAUGGCGGAGACUCGGAGUUCAUAGACGUGUUAGAAAAAUACAAUACAAACAUAUGCCAGGAAUUGCUAGUAGUGCUAAAGGCGCUCGGAGAUAACAAGGAGACGAAGAAACAAUACAAUUUGGCGCUAGAACUGUUCUGGAGAGUCGUGCGCCGCGGGGACCUGCAACAACGACCGAUGAUGAGUCUCGCAGCCAACCUGUGGAUGUUGGCGCAAAAAGUACAAGACUCCAAUAACAAACUCGCCAAAGCAAUAUUGUCAGCUCUACAAGCGGACAACAGUUCACAGAGUCGUCAGUUACUCCAAAAGUUAGAGGAAGGCGUUAAAAAUACGUAAAUAAAGUUACGUAUUUUUUUUUUAAUCCUUAUUAACGUAAUUUCUACCUUUAUUAACGUGAAAUUUACUCGUUCAUUAAACUUAGAUUUGUAAUUCGUGUAAUACAACAAUUUGUUUAAGUAAUGUUUUUUUCUGUCAUUCUUAGUUUUUUAUUCCAGUCGAGUUGAAGUGAAAUUAGUCCGGCGGCGGCUAAUUUCGAAAGAUCUGUACUAAAUAUUUAUUUUGUUUGUCGCCAUGUUAUCGCUCGCUGUAAUUUUAUCAGAAUGUUGUAAAUAUAUUAAAUUAUACUUAUGUUAUUACAUUAUAAUUACGUUAUGUAUAAGUUAUUGUUGAAUCAUUCCAUGUUUUUAGACUCUUAUGCAUUAUAUAUUAAUAUGUAACUGCUAGAAUUAUUAUAACAUUUUACAGGACAAAA